AUGGUCAAGCUUGAAGAAGUUCUCGACGAGGAGUUUAACAGAGAACAGUCUGGCCCCCAGGUCGAGGACGAAUGGGACACCAGCGAUGAGUCCGAAGCUUCAGAGGAUGAGGAGGAAUACAUGCCCGACGAAACCUUUGCCGACAGACUCGCCGCACUCAAGGACAUUGUCCCUCCCACAUACCGCAAGCACCUCUCCAACACCGUUUCCACAACCUCAUCCUGGUUGUCGACCACUUUGAACUACGGCGGAAAGACUCUUUGGGUUGUGAGCACCAGUGUUUUGCUUCUCGGUGUACCAUGGGCAUUGGCCUUUGCAGAGGAGCAACAGAUGGCCGAGAUGGAGAGAGAGAUGAAGAUGCAGCAGAGUGCCAACGAGCUCCUCACUCAACAGCAACAGUCGCAGGCCAAGCCCGCUCUGUAAAAAGAUUACAUUGUCUGACCUCUUUUUG